UCAUCCUUCCACACACAUGGGUGAUGAUGGAGCUUUGCAGCAAUAGAGUGUGUGGUAUGUUUCAGGCCUCUGUGGUCUUUGAGGAUGUGGCUGUGAACUUUACCCCGGAAGAGUGGGCUUUGCUGAAUCGUGGUCAGAGGAAGCUCUACAGAGAUGUGAUGCUGGAGAUCUGCAGAAACCUGUCUGCCGUGGAGAAGCAGAAAUUUCACAGCAGUGGAGAUUUGACCCGAAUGCAGGAAGGGCUUUUGAGGGAAUCUGGGAAGAUCUCACCCAGGACUCAAAUCUAGUCCCUGUGAGGAAUGUGGGCCGGCCUGUAGCUCCGUCUCAAGCCU